AUAGGCACAGCAGGUGGGCAGACCCAGGAACUCAGGACAGGGAUGGUGGGAACCCCUCAUAAUAGGCACAGCAGAUGGGCAGACCCAGGAACUCAGGGCAGGGAUGGUGGGAACCCCUAAUAAUGGGCACAGCAGGUGGGCUGACCCAGGAACUCAGCACAGGGAUGGUGGGAACCCCUCAUAAUGGGCACAGCAGGUGGGCAGACCCAGGAAAUCAAGACCGGGAUGGUGGGAACCCCUCAUAAUAGGCACAGCAGGUGGGCAGACCCAGGAACUCAGUGCAGGAAUGGUGGGAACCCCUCAUAA